GUCGGGCCGCUUCCGGGCUCAAGCGUCGCAGUUCGCAGGAGGAAAUCCUGUGGCUUCCCAGAAUGAUAAUGGCCACCUACAGCCUGGCGAACGAGCGACUACGCGCCCUGGAAGACAUCGAACGGGAAAUCGGCGCCAUUCUUCAAAAUGCAGGUACCGUGAUCCUGGAACUGUCUAAAGAAAAAACCAAUGAGCGACUCCUGGACCGGCAGGCGGCGGCCUUCACGGCUUCGGUCCAACACGUGGAGGCAGAGCUGUCAGCUCAGAUCCGCUACCUCACCCAGGUGGCCACAGGGCAGCCCCAUGAGGGCUCCAGCUACUCUUCAAGGAAGGACUGUCAGAUGGCCCUGAAGAGAGUGGACUAUGCCCGCCUCAAGCUCAGUGAUGUGGCCCGCACCUGUGAGCAGAUGCUGGAAAACUAGGCCAGGCAGGUGAAGCAAAAGCUUGGAGGGAGACCACCACCUGCACCCAGGACAGAAGCUGGAGACCUGAAGGGAUGAGGAGCGCAGGCUGAUGCAUAAUGCCCUGCUGGUCAGGGUACACUAGGACAAAGGGGUAAAAGGUGGCAACCCUACCCACGACUGUGCUCUGGCUCCUCCAGCAGGGAGCUCCUGCUCUGCACUUCACAUGACUGCCAACAGCAAGUUCAGAGGGCAGAUUGAGAUUUAGACACCCUACCCACUUCCUCAGACAUGUCCCUGCCCCAGACUUCCUGCAGACUUGGCCCAGUGAAGUCACAUUCUUCUUUGUUGGGAAAAACAGGAACUAAGAGUUUUAAUAAUAAAAGUAAUAAAAACAAAA